CGGGGGAGGAGGAGCAGCGGGAGCCGCCGCAGCGGAGCCGCUUACCUGCCCCGUUCGUCCCUGCCAUGGCCCGUCGGGUCGCCGCCAUCCUCCUGCUCCUCGCCCUCGGCUGUUUCCUGGGCAUCCUCCUGCUCUGCCUGGGCUCCGGGGACACGCGGGGACCGCCGGGUUUCAAGUUUGGCAUCGUGCUGGACGCCGGGUCCUCCCACACGGCCAUGUUCAUCUACAAGUGGCCUGCGGACAAGGAGAACGAUACCGGGGUGGUCAGCGAGCACAGCAUGUGUGAUGUGGAGGGUCCUGGCAUUUCCAGCUACAGCUCCAACCCUUCAGCUGCCGGCACAAGCUUGGAGCCCUGCCUCAACCAGGCCCUGGGAGAUGUGCCCAAGGAGAAGCAGGCAGGGACCCCGCUCUACCUGGGUGCCACGGCUGGCAUGCGCCUGCUCAACAUCACCAACCUGCAGGCUUCAGAUGCUGUCCUCAGAGCUGUGGCAGCCACACUGAAGUCCUACCCCUUCGAUUUCCGGGGUGCAAAGAUCCUGUCAGGGGAAGAAGAAGGAGUCUUUGGCUGGGUGACUGCAAACUACCUCCUGGAGAACUUCAUCAAGCGUGGGUGGCUCGGGGAAUGGAUCCAACCCCAGAAGAAGACUCUGGGGGCCAUGGACUUUGGAGGUGCUUCCACACAGAUCACCUUUGAAACUAAGGACACCAUCGAAGAUCCCAGGAACGAGGUGAUGCUGAAGCUGUAUGGCCAGGUGUACAAAGUGUACACCCACAGCUUCCUCUGCUACGGAAGGGACCAGGUCCUCAGGAGGCUGCUCUCAAAGCUCCUCCAGGCUGAGAACUACAAAGCAACUGUCUCCCAUCCUUGCUGGCCCACUGACUACCGCAAGAGUCUGGUGCUGAGCAACAUCUACGACAGCCCCUGCACAGAGAAGGAGAGGCCCAGCCUUGCCCUCAACAGCACUGUCACCGUGGUUGGCACCGGGAACGGGAGUCUCUGCGCUCUCUAUGUCAAAAAACUCUUUGACUUCACCACCUGCUCCUUCUCCCGCUGCUCCUUUGAUGGCAUUUUCCAACCAGAGGUUUCAGGAAACUUCAUUGCCUUCUCUGCCUUCUUCUAUACACUUGAUUUCAUCCAGACAGUGAUGGGGAUACCUGUGCGCUUGCCCAGUGACCUGAGGGAUGCUACCAAGACCAUCUGUGCCAUAAGCUGGAGUGAGCUGCUCCAGAAAGCCCCCAAACUGGAGAAGAGACUGCCGGAUUACUGUGCUGUCAGCACAUUUGUUUAUUUACUCACCACCAAAGGCUACAACUUCAACAACCAUUCCUUUCCCAACAUUGCCUUUCAGAAGAAGGCAGGAGAAACCUCCAUUGGCUGGGCACUGGGCUACAUGCUGAACCUCACCAACAUGAUCCCAGCAGAGAAGCCUUCUUCCCACAAAAGUAUGUUGUACAACUACUGGGUCAUCCUCAUCCUGCUCUUUGUCUUCACCACUCUGACAUCUCUGGUGACUGCCGUCUGCCUGCUCCGGCGCAGCAAGUCCAGUGCAAUCUGAUGGCAGGGACAAGGUUGGGCCUUGUCUGCAGGACCCAGCACCAUCAUCCCUCCUGCUGGAGUCUCCAUCACCUCAACACUUGGGAUGCAGCAAGUGCUCACAGACGUUUUUCUCCGAUACCCAAUGCUGCCAAAAGGAAAAGCUCUCCCUUUCUGCCCUCCCCUUGCUUUCCAGCUGCAGGAAGGGCAGGCAGAAGAGGACUGCAGGCCCUGCAGAAGGAUGGCUGAGGGUUUCCCAAUGCUGCUCAGGGGCAGAGCCCAGAGCAGGCUCGGGAUUCAGACAUCCAGACCUGGGGCAUCUUUCUGUCACCAGGUCUGGGAUGGACUGGGCAAGUCCAGAUAACAGCACCAUUUAUCCUCAUGUGCACAAGGUAGGUGGGGAGAAUUACUUAAGCUUAGCCCUUACAGCUGACCUUUCUAGCCUGUCCCUGGAGUGCCAGCCCUGCCUCCUGGGAGUGCUGGCCAUCAAUCACCCAAAGCCCAUGCUGGCUUUCUGGCUGAUGCAAAAACCCCACUGACGUUCUUGAGGGCCACAUCUUACCCUGGACUUCCACCAGCAUGGGGGCUUUGGGUAGGGGCUUAGCAACAACCAGACAUGGGGAGCAGGAAACUUCCCAGGUCACAUUUCAUCAGCCAGACGUGGUGCCUUCCCAAUUCCUGUGGAUCCUCAGCCAGACCUGCCUUUGUCACAGCCUGAACCUCCUCUACCCCAAUGACACAAAAAGUCCCCAUGGGCCCCUGGUGCAUGGUUAUGCCAGCUUUAGAGCAUGAGCCCUGCAUCACCCUGUGCCUGGCACCUAGGAGGAUGUGCCUUGAUUCCAAUUGAACAAGAGCAGGGAUGUGCAAACAUACAGAAGGUUUGGGUUGUUUUUUUGGUUUUUUUUUUUGGUAAUCAGAAAUAAAUUUUUGUAACCACUCCUAUGGUUUUGUGCCUCUUGAACAGCAAGAGGCUGGUUGAGUCUGGCUGUCCCACAGGAGUAGAGCCACUUACAGGUUUUACUCAGAUAUAACCACAGGCUCUGCCCAGAGGUCUCAGUCCCUUGCAGCCUGCCCUGUCCUGAGACACCAUCAUGGCUUUGUAUGCUCUACCAGCCCAGAGAAACUGCUAAAAUGGACCUAAGUGGGCUUGAAUCUUCACUCCAGACUCAUGC